CAUUUGCUGAAAAACAACAUGGCGGGCAGUGUCAUUUCAGGAUCGACGUGAAUUAAACGUGAAAUAAUGAAUUAUGUUAUACUUGAAUUUGGGUGAAUAAUGUGUAUUAAUCUGCUUAAUUUAGGUGUGAAAAGUGCUGUGAUUUGAUAAUUUUGUGCUAACAAAGUGUAAAAUGGCCUCGGAUAAAAUCAAAGUUGCUGUUCGAGUUCGUCCUUUUAACAGGCGAGAGCUCGAACUCGGCACACAAUGUGUGGUGGAAAUGGAAGAGCAGCAGACCGUUCUGCAGUAUCCCCAGUCAACACACGACAAAGAAAGAAAACAGCCAAAGACAUUCGCCUUCGACCACUGCUUCUACUCACUCGACCCAGCCUUACCAAACUUCGCGUCCCAGAAGACUGUAUUCGAAUGCCUCGGCCGGGACAUACUGGACAAUGCUUUCGACGGGUACAACGCUUGCAUAUUCGCAUACGGACAGACAGGUUCAGGAAAAUCAUAUACAAUGAUGGGUGCGCCGGGGGCUGAUGAGCGUGGCAUAAUUCCGAGGCUGUGCGACGCUCUGUUCGAGAGGAUAGCGGUCCAGCAGUCGCCCCCAGCGCUCACUUACAAAGUGGAGGUGUCGUACAUGGAGAUAUACAACGAGCGCGUACACGACCUUCUCGACCCCGAGAACACGCGACGCUCACUGCGGGUGCGCGAGCACGUGGUGCUUGGACCCUACGUCGACGGACUGUCGCAGCUCGCCGUCACCUCCUACCAGGACAUAGACAAUUUGAUGACGGAAGGCAACAAAUCGCGGACAGUCGCUGCGACCAACAUGAACAGCGAGUCAUCGCGUUCGCACGCCGUUUUCAGCGUAGUGCUCACACAGACGCUGUGUGACGCCGCGACCGGCGUGAGCGGUGAGAAGGUCGCGCGACUGUCGCUCGUGGACCUGGCGGGCUCGGAGAGGGCGGUGAAGACCGGGGCAGUCGGGGACAGGCUGAAGGAAGGCUCUAAUAUUAAUAAAUCACUCACAACCCUAGGCCUCGUGAUAUCGAAGCUCGCGGACCAGUCGUCGGGCAAGAACAACAAGGACAAAUUCGUGCCGUACCGAGAUUCAGUGCUCACGUGGCUGCUCAAGGACAACCUCGGAGGCAACAGCAAGACUGUUAUGGUGGCGACAGUGUCCCCUGCGGCCGACAACUACGAGGAGACGCUUUCGACACUUCGGUACGCGGACCGCGCCAAACGGAUUGUCAAUCACGCCGUCGUCAACGAAGACCCCAACGCGCGCAUCAUACGAGAGCUGCGCCAGGAGGUCGAGGCGCUCAAGGAGAUGCUCAAAUAUGCCACGGGUUCGCCCAUGGGAGAGGAUGUACAUGAAAAGCUGGCCCAGAGUGAACACCUGAUGAAGGAAAUGUCUAGGACAUGGGAAGAAAAAUUAGUGGAAACCGGUCGGAUCCAAAGCGAGCGUCAACACGCACUGGAAAAGAUGGGCAUCAGUGUACAAGCGAGCGGUAUCAAAGUGGAGAAGAACAAGUACUAUCUCGUGAACCUUAACGCGGAUCCGUCGCUCAAUGAACUGCUGGUGUAUUAUCUCAAGGAGCGGACGCUCGUGGGCGCGGACAAGUCGGCCGACAUCCAGCUGUCGGGGCUGGGCAUCCAGCCCCACCACUGCGUGCUGGAAGUAGAGGGCGGGGUGCUCCACAUGCGGCCCCUGCACGCUGCGCGCUGCUUCCUCAACGGCACGCCCGUGCUGGAACGAGUGCGGCUGGGACACGCCGACCGCAUCCUCUGGGGCAACCACCACUUCUUCCGCCUCAACUGUCCCAAGGAGACCGCCGCGACGUCCGAGCCGCAGACGCCAGCGCAGCCGAUUGACUACAACUUCGCUCGCGACGAGAUCAUGUUGAACGAACUCUCCAACGACCCCAUCCAGACCGCCAUCUCUAGGCUGGAGCGACAGCACGAGGAGGACAAGCAGGUGGCAUUGGAGAAACAACGACAGGAAUACGAACGCCAGUUUCAACAACUACGUAACAUCUUAUCGCCCUCCACGCCCUAUCCCCCUUAUUCCUACGAUCCGCUCAAAUUAGGUAAAAUGUCAGCGUGUACGCCGACAACCGCGGCGCGCGUGGAGCGGUGGGCGGCCGAGCGAGACGACACGUUCAAGCGAUCCAUCGGGCGGCUGAAGGCCGACAUACUGCGGGCCAACGCGCUCGUUCAGGAGGCCAACUUCCUGGCCGAGGAGAUGCGGCGGCACACCGGCUUCAGUGUCACGCUGCAGAUACCGCCGCAGAACCUGAGCCCCAACAGGAAGCGCGGUGCGUUCGUGUCGGAGCCGGCCAUUAUGGUGAAGCGAGGGACGCGCGGCGCCCAGGUGUGGUCCAUGGAGAAGCUGGAGAACAAGCUGGUGGACAUGCGCGAGAUGUACGACGAGUGGCGGCACCGGGCCCCCGGUGACGUCACGCUGCUGGACGCAGCUCCAAUAGAUGUGGAAAGCCCAACGGAACAGGAGGACUCGGCGCUGGACCCGUUCUAUGAGUCACAGGAGAAUCAUAACCUGAUUGGCGUGGCCAAUGUGUUCCUGGAGGCGCUGUUCCAUGACGUGACCCUGGACUACCAUACACCAAUCAUCAGCCAGCAGGGAGAGGUCGCUGGUCGACUGCAGGUGGAGCUGAGCCGGGUGUCGGGACAGUUCCCGCAGGACCGUAUCUGUGAGGCCGCGUCCGACGGCUCGGGUGACCUGCGCGACGACGAUGAGGGCUCCGACCACGGGACGCAGCAAGUAACGAUCCGCGUGGUCAUCAAGCAGGCGACGGGUCUGCCGCCGUCGCUGUCCCACUUCGUGUUCUGCCAGUACGCCGUGUGGGGCGGCGCCGACACCGUGGUGGUGCCGCCGCACGUGGCCGCCGACACGCCCCCGGCGCAGACUGCUCCCGCCUCACCGCGCCAUCACCUGCUCACCUUCAAGUUCGACCACCGCCGCGACUUCGCUGUGCCUCUCACAGAGGAGUUCAUUGAGCACUGUGCCGAGGGAGCGCUAUCGAUCGAAGUUUGGGGCCACCGAUCGGCAGGAUUCACGCACGUGGGAAAUUGGGAAGUGGAACAACAGCAGCUGGCCAAGGCUCGCUCGCUGGCCGACCGCUGGAGCGAGCUCACGCGGAAGAUCGAGUUGUGGAUCGAGAUUCACGAGCUGAAUGACCAGGGCGAGUACGCGCCUGUGGAGGUGUCGCCGCGGGCCGACGCGGUGGCGGGCGGCGUGUACCAGCUGCGCCAGGGCCAGCAGCGCCGCGUGGCCGUGCGCGUGCGGCCUGCCGCCAACUCGGGCACGCUGCCCAUCAUCUGCCAGCACAUCGCCGGCGUGCAAGUGGGCUCCGUCACCGUCAGAUCACGGCUGCAAAAGCCAUUGGACUCUUAUCAAGAAGAGGACCUAGCCGUGCUUAGAGGGAGAUGGAGCGAAGCGCUUGCGAGACGAAGACAACAUUUACAUGCACAACUACAGAAACUGGUGAAUAUGUCGGCGUCUUUGAAGAGUGAGCGCGACAUGGAGCGGGAACAGUCGCUGGUGGAGCAGUGGGUCUCGCUCACUGAGGAGAGGAAUGCCGUUCUCGUGCCCAGUGCAGGCAGUCCAAUCCCGGGUGCGCCGGCGGCGUGGAAUCCUCCUCCAGGGAUGGAACACCAUAUACCUGUGCUGUUUCUAGAUCUCAAUGCGGACGACCUGACGACGCACGGGUCGGGCGAGGAGGUCACGGUGGCCGGGGUGAACUCCAUCCUGCCCAAGGAGCUCGGGCACAAGUUCUACGAGCUGCAGAUAGUACACCACCACCACAAGGACGUGAGCGCAGUGGCCGCCUGGGACUCCUCCAUCCACGACUCGCACUACCUCAACAGGAUCACUGAACCGAACGAACGCGUCUACUUGAUAGUUAAAACGACUGUUCGUUUGUCACAUCCCGCGCCCAUGGAACUAGUCCUACGCAAGAGACUGGCGAUCAAUAUAUACAAGCGACAGAGCCUCACUGACCGGAUACGAAAGAGAAUUGUCAGAACGGACCAGCUUACACAAACGGGCGUGACGUACGAGGUGGUCUCCAACAUACCGAAGGCGUCGGAAGAGCUGGAGGAGAGGGAGAGUCUGGCACAGAUCGCAGCCACCGGCGACGGGGCCAGCGCGGCGGACGGGGAGACUUACAUCGAGAAAUACACUCGCGGCGUGAGCGCAGUGGAGAGUAUCCUGACCCUGGACCGGCUGCGGCAGAGCGUGGCCGUCAAGGAGCUGGAGCAGGCGCGGCCGCACUCGGGCGCCAUGCGCAAGACUGCCUCCGUGCCCAACUUCUCGCAGCUGUCGCAGCCAAUCGAGACCGCCUGCAAGAACGGAUCGAACGUGAUGCGUUUGGACUCGUCAUUUGAGUCGUUGUCGGGGCUAUCGUCGGCGCGCUCGGGAAGCGUCGCGGACUUGGCGGACGAUACUCCGCGACGCCCCGCCCAUAGACACUCGUACUCACCGGUAGCGCACAAUGACCCCGAUACUGUCACGCCCACUAAACCAUUCGGCCUAGGCUCGUUCCUAUCAGCUCGACCAACCUUCCUUAAUUUGAAUUUGAACCUGAACUCGCUGAGACUGCCGACGCCCAGCAAGUCGUCGCCGGCCAAUGGUAAGCUGAGCCUGCGGAUGACGACACUACACGAGGAGCCGGGCCGCCGCAACGAUGACGACUCGCACUCCGAGCCGGAGUCCACCGCCGACGACCUGUCCAACUCACGCUCCAACAGAACAAGAUCUCGCGCCACAUCGCGCGCGUUCCUGCCAACGUCAAAGACGCUGGAUUCACUCCACGAGCUGGCCUGCGAGCGAGGGACCAGCAAGAACUCACCGUCGCUGUCCUCCAGUGGCUAUGGGUCACAGGCGGUAUCGACGACAAAUCUCACGAACGACGACACACUAUCGAUCCGCAGCAUGUCGGUAGACGACACACCGGACUUCGACCGGGCGACCGAGUAUACGCACAUAAGCCGGACGAAGACAUCAGUGGCCGGCCUCCGGAACGAGAUAAGCGAGCUGAGGAGCGAUAUCACAGAUCUAAAGAACGAUAUCGUCGAAUCGAAGAACGAACUCGAAGAUGUCGCCUACGAAAAGGCGAAGACGCCCGUAUUUACUCCCGGCUCGAGGAAUAGGAUAAAUCCAUUCUUGAGAGAUUGUGAAGAGAUAUUGAAAGAAGAAAGCGAAGGUCCGAUUCUUGAUCCGCUGGGUGCGAUCCCUGUAGAGGAUCAUGGUUCGUGCAGCCCCAGUAAAGUUGUGACUGAGCAUGUUAAUGGAGAGACUACACACGAUAGUUCCUUCGGCGAGGUGGAAGUGGAGUCGGUGAGCUCAGAGCAUUCCAGCCAGGAGGCGGGCAGCCGGGAGACCUCCUCGGUGGGGGACAGUGACUCACCUACGAAUACCUCGCUGCCCGCGGGGAAGGUGGUCCGUCGUCGACCAAGCUCCAACAGGAACGCAUCUCGGUCGUCGUACCCGGCCGCCAGCCGCACGGAGCAUCAUCAGCGCGCUCUCCGACACACUCCUGCCUCCUCCACCGAGCGGAUAUUGCACGAUGAAGCAGAGAUAUCUCGAUCAAACUCAUUACCGGACUGGAUGUGCCUGGGCGAGAGCGUUCAGAUACGACUAAGCAGUAAUACGGGCGUCAUAGCGUACAUUGGACCGACACAUUUCGCGCCGGGUACUUGGCUCGGAGUAGAACUCGACGCGCCCACUGGUAAAAACGACGGUUCAGUGGGCGGCACCAAAUACUUCGAAUGCAAACGUCGUCACGGCAUCUUCGUUCGGGCUGAGAAGUUGACGCAGGACCGGCGCGGCCGCAGUGCGCGAGCGUUCAGAGAUAGCGAGCUCAAACGAACCACGAGUAAAGGCGACGGUCUACACAACAUGCACAGGUCGCGGAGCCGCGGCGACAGUAUAAACACCGUCGGCACCAAAGCCAGAAGCAAAUAAACGAUUGUACAUUCACCGCAGCGAGUGUACGACACACGCCGACCAAUCAGUGACCGAAUGACGUCACGUCCACACUUCGGCUCCAUUUUUUUUAUGUUGCGCUCAUGCGACGCUAUGGUGCUUAUUUCCCUUUAUUCCGCGGCCCCCAUCACUUUGUUACAGCAAAACUUUAAAUAUUUAUUCCGUUAAGUAUACUUUUUAAGGAAACGUAUUUCCUCACACUCAUUGCUGCGACGCAAUAAUUGUUGACGGAUCGCUUCCGGUGGCAUCUAUUCGAUUCUUGCAAUAAUUGGAUUAUUUAUAUAAUUGUAAAUUUUGUUUGUAUUAUUUUAUUUUUGACCCGUGUUUGUAAAUAUUAUUGACAUGAAAUCGAUGUGAUUCUAAUUUUAAUUAAUUUUUAAUGUAAAAUGUUUUAGUAUAUCAUUUUUCAUAAUUUAAUUAGACCAAUGUAUUGUUUGUGAUCAAUGUUUAAGCGACAAUUAUUUUCUUUGUAUAUAUAUUUUUUACUCUUAGUUUGUAGAAGUUAUUGUAAUUUAUUUAUGUGUUAACUCACUGACUAUAUUCACUUAUUUGAAUAUUCAAUUUUUCAAUUAUAAUUCCAAUAUAUAAAAACCGGUCCACAGUGUUAUGAGAAGUAAAUAUUGUUCAUAAUAACUUUUUAAGGUUCAGAAACUUCAGAAACUUUUCUAUUUCAAUUUAAUGAAGUUCCUGAGGAUAGUAUUUUUAAAAUUUUUGCGCAUUUUAUAAAUCUUGUUAGCUCGUACGAGUAUAUAUUAUAAUAAUGGAUGGAACUUACGCUAUUAUUUCGUUUUAUUAGCGCAUUUAUUCCCCCAAUUUGCUCAUUUUGUGUUUUUUCACAAUAAAAAGACGCGAUUGUGAUAAUUUCUUGCCACCUUUUAAAAAUGUAACAAUUGUAUUCGAGACCCGUAGCCAUUUAGUUUAACAUUUUGUAAAAGAAUGUCGUCCAUUUUCAAAUCUACGUCCUUUAUAAGACUUGUACUUAGUACAUAAUCAAUCCAUCACCGCGGUCUUUACUUACCAGAAAAAAAAUUUUAUGCGGUGCAAAUGAUAAUCGAUUCGUUUAUCGCAAUUUUCUAAAUAUAGCCACAGUUAGUUAGUUAUUAAGAAAGCCGAUUUUGGGACUUUUUUUGCACAUUCCGCUUGUAUCCGAAUUCGCUCAUCACUUGCACCACACCUAUAUCGUCUAGGGUUGUGUUGUUAAAUUUUUAAGAUUGUAAAGAAAAAAAACAAUAAGAAUUUUUAGAAAUGUUUGAACGCGCUGUAUAUUAAAUCCAUAUAUUUGACUAUAUCCUAAUGUCAUUGUAUCCAUCCACUAAAACAAUAAUCAUUUCUGUUUGUUUGAGCAGCGAUGACAGCAGAUAGCUACUGCUAUAUAUGUGGUGUUGAGAACACCGGACUGUUGUAUGGCAGUUGUAUUCCAAUGUAUUAGGGUACGUGAACAUCGAGUGGCUUCGCCGAAGCGGUAUAGUGUUAGCUCACCUUUAUUGUAUAUUCCAUCCUCUUAGAAAAUUACCUAUAAGUACAUUUUAUCGAGUACACAAAUAGAUUUACCGAGCCUUGUUGUUAAAUCGUAGCGUUUAAGUCCUUCACUCAGCUCAGUAGCCCGACACUUGCCGCGGCCGCACCAGAUAUGUAUUAUAUUGUCGUAAGAGAUUUAUUGGAAAUUAUAUAAAAUGUUCAAAUAUGUCACCCGCACCAGAGACCUAACCUACAAUAAUUUUUAAGUAUAUUUGACUGAGUCAUGUUCAGAGUCCAUAACAUUUCAAAUUAGAUGGAGCAAAAUCUCUUGGGUUCUUAAAAAACUUUUGGGGUUAUUUUAAGUGUUUGUUUCAUCGUCAUUAAAAUUAUCACUUAAACUAACAAAACGGUACUAAUACUUCAAUAACCUUAUUUGUAUCGAAAUACCACUUUGUAAGAAAAACGAGAAUUUAAAUUUCUAUACAAUCGCAUAGUGCCCAUCGCUCCGUCUAAAUGCUUAGAUAGUUAACACCAUAAACUUAGUGUACCAGCGAAAAUAGACGAAUUCUGUGUGAAAGUGAGAUUACUAACCUCACAGAAAAACCUGAGAAACACUAUCAUGCCUGAGAAAGAGACGGAAUAGAUGAAGACCUUGAAACCGAUUUGAAACAAUUUAGUGUCCAUUAGUCUCCUGUCAAAUUGAACCGCGUUUUAAUUUUAGUGUUUUUAUCGUUAUUGUUCUGUGUUACAACGGAUAUUCUUAAAAAAAUAUGUUGUUGGAUGUUUUGUAUUAGGUUGUGUUGUUACAUAUCGCAACAAUCCAACUGAAGAAACAUUUCACAGGUAAAUACUAAUUUCAAUAGUACUUUCGUGAUGUUUAUUUUCGUAGAACAUGUGCUCUAAGAUAAAUUAAUAUUCCCAAAAAAUAAAAUAUUGUAUACAUGAAUAUGACGCCUUUUAUCAAUAUUUGUCAUCGGGAUUGACCAAAAGCAAAAUACUACACACUUCACUAACACACUAAAACAUCUGUAAAACUAGCACACUUUAAAUUUAGUCUCGCCGUAAUGUGGAGUGUUUGUCUUUUACGCUAGUAUACUAAGUUUAUGGUUAACACUUCAACAUAGCUUCUAUGACUGUACUCCAACAUUCCAUUUUGCAGGUUUACGAUUAUAUUAAUAGAAAUUGAAUAUGAUGAUGAUGAUUAGUGUCUAUCUAGUUAGAGAUUAGAGUGCGGCUGAUGAUUUGCAUUAGAGUGAUGUGCCAGGCCUCUAGGACAGCUCAAUGUGUAGACAUUUAUAAAGCGUUGGUCUCUUUGAAUAUUGUAGAACGUGUCUUUGAAACUCUUGAUGUGCUUGUGUCCAGUAGCGGAUAGUUCUCGGUCGGGGUGCGAUUACAAGUAGAUAUGUGCAUCUACCAGUGUCGAAGAUUAUCUCAUUAUCACUAAUAAUAUAUCGAAUCGGUCUAAGUUCAAUUCGCCAUCACUAUGAAGGUGUAUCGCUGACAGAUAGCGGAUCUUACUGGUAUUGGUAAAGAGGCUCCUGUUUCUUCAGUUAGACCACUCAGUUGGGACCGUUUUGCGUGCAGUGUUAACAGGUCAUUCCAAGCAGCCCAGCUCCUUCCAGUAGUUCAGAACACUCCUGGGUUGUUUGCAGACUUCCUUGAGCGAUAGUGGAGUCUUAUUAAUAGGGCUCCUAUUGAUAACACUGAUGGUACGGGAUUCUAAAACGGGGUGGUCCUAAAUAAAUGUUGUGUUGCAUUAUUUUUUGCCCACAAAAGGGAAUAUAAAAUGUUACUAGUUUUUUGUUGAAUUGCCUAAUGGAUGUUUGUCACUUUUCGCUCGUCAAUUGCAAUGAUGCUUAAGGUUGUAAUAAUUCUAAAUAGUAAUUCUACUGUUACUAAGUUCAUAAUUAAGUAUCCAAAUGCUGUGAGCCUUCUUGAGUGCAAAUUCCGCUAAUAUUUGUCUUCAAUCAAUUCGACACGUGUUUCGCCUCUACAUGAGUUAUCCUUAGGAGAUGUUGACUCGCCAAAUGCUGGCAUGAGACUCGAGCAGAGGAAGAGAAUAGUUAAAGAUUUCCGCAAAAUAACGCCUUAUUCAAUAAAUUUCCAUGAGUGAUAAGCUUAUGUUGCAAAUAAAAUUGGGUAACAAUUAAUAUAAAACUUUGGCAAUCAUGAUGAAGAAACGAUAUAAUUAAAUUAUUAAAACUUUCGUGAGAUAUUGCUACGUAAUAUAUUGAUACGGCUUGACCCACGAUUUAUCGGUGUGGGCACCGACUAGUUUUGGGCUAUUCGGAGGUCCUUAAUCAGGGUGAGGGUAUUCGGUUCGCUAAAACGUGACAGAAAAGAGAACUGAAAGAGUAAGAGAAAGAGAAGGGCUCUUACCGCGGACUUGUGCUCGUAGUGCGCGUUCGGACAGGGCGAGGGGUGCGCCGGUGGUGAUGACGAGCGGUAUCACUGACAUUAUGUAAUACUAUGUAGAGUGAGAUAAUCUUCAGCUCUGGUUGAUAACUUUGUGAUUGAUUGUACUGUUGUUAUCUAUAUUUCGAUCCGGGUUCUGAAGUGACACAAUGUUAUUUUAGUAUUUUUUAUUUUAUGUGAUAUUUAAUUUUGUACAAAUAUUGCAGCAUUAAUUUAAUGCGUAUCGAAUGUAUAGAUGACAGCAAUGUGAGUUGUACAGGCAAUAACGGAAAUUUAUUGGUACGUGCACUAAGGCUCCUAGACUAUUUAUAGGCUAGUAGCGACCUACAAAUGUUUUAGGUCUUAAUUUGUUUUAAUUAGUACUAAGCUAAAAAUGUGCUGUGCUUUUUGUUUUUAACUAUAGUAUUGUUGAAUUAUUAUUUUGUAUAAUUUUUUAGUGAACAAUUCAUCGAGCUUUCAUAUUUGUUGAUGUAUUAUUUUAUCAGUUUGUGACAUUGUGUUUUAAUUGUAGAAGCGAUCUGCCGUCCAUAUUUUGUAAUUUUACCUGUAAUUUUAUUAUCAUAUUAUUAUACAUGUUUUACCUAUUUUAAAUUAAAUACAGAAUUUGACUGAAAUCAAAGUAAAUGAAUGAAAUAACAAUCAAAGAAAACCGAGUAAAUAUUAUUUUAACAGUUAUUUAUUAUUGUUGGACAAUUUCUUAAUUUUUUAAAGCGAUAACCCUCACUUCUGGGUUAAAUUACACAAAUAAAAUCAAAUUAAUUAAUAAUAAAUUGUUUAGAGAAUGUCUUCAUGAAACAACCUGAGAAAAAACAUACAAGAUUCAUCAACGAUACGUCACUCGCACGGUUGUCUCAGUGGAAAGAGCGCCGGCACGGAACGCGGCCGGGUUCGAGUCCCGCAUCGUUCAUAAAUUUUGUUUUCAAUUUUAAUUUGCGUAUACUCAUUGGUAUUGAAUACAUCCAUUCGACAUUAUUUUUAUUCGUGCAAUAAUGAUGAAACUACAUAUUGCUUGCCGAGUUUUUUAUUAACUUAGGACAGUUUUCACACGUCUUUACAUAAUAUUAUACAAUAAAUUAUUAAAGUUUAAUGAGUUGCGGACGGCAGAAGUAGCGUGUCUUUGUCACAGAGGCAGUGUGUUAGGGUGUCGUUGGUCGAGGUACACCGUAGACUAGGCAGCUACUUGGUAUUAUAGAUGGUUGCGUAAUAUUCAUUAUUGUAAAAGAGAUUUUUAAUAUUUAAAUAAAUAUAGUUCACUUCUAGUGGAAAUAUUUUUGCCAAAUAGACAAAUUUCGAGUCAACCAUCGCUGUCAUUAUAAUAAAUGUAUUAUAAAUUU